UUUCCAAACGUAAUCUCUACCCGGUCAUAUUUAAACACAAACGUAGAAAAAAUUAAUAAUAGACUAUCCGAAUUAAACAUGUAUAUUGGUAAAAAUUCUAGGUCAAAAAGAGAACUAUUUGAUGGUAUAGGUUCAGUGCUGAAAUACCUUAUAGGUACUUUAGACGCAAAAGACGAAUGUAUCGAUCUAUUAGAAAGACAUGAAUUAGAUCUUAAAUCAUUAGUAAUCGAUGAACAAAUUAUUAACGAAAACAUCAAUAGAUUAAAUAAAUACCUAAAUGAAUCAAGCAAAAUUAUGUUCGACAACAAAGCGAGUAAAGACAUUUCCACUAUUUCUAUCCAAGUUCUCGAAAUAAUAACAAGUCUAGAAUACGAAAUCAAUGAAAUUCUUUCUAGCAUUCUAUUUGCGAAAGCCAACAUUAUACACCCUUCUAUUAUAUCCCUUAAUAAACUAUAUCAAGAACUUCUUUUAUCCAACCACGCUAGAUCAAAUAAACGAUUAGUUCUCCCUGUUACUAUCCAUAAUAUUAAUAGUAUAUUAGACUCAGCCCAACUAUCCGCCUAUGUGUACUCAGAUAGAUUAGUUUACAUUCUAGAUUUCCCACUUAUAAAAUCCGAACCCUUAAAACUUUACCAUAUAUAUUCAACUCCUAUCCAACAUCCUAAUUCCUCCCUUUACACGACCAUCCUACCCGAGCAUAAGUUUUUAGCUACAAACCCUAGCGGCGAAUUAUACAUUUCUACAAGCUCACUGGACCACUGCAAAACUUUGGUCGAAAAGAAAAGCGUUUGUAACGACCUUGUCACCUAUGAUGCAGACACACGUCCAAUAUGCGAACUGCAAGUCGUCUCUGGCGCCUCCAAGAAAAUACCAAGCACCUGCACAAGCUCUACAUUUGCUGCACAAAUUAAUACCUUUCAAUCACUAGACGACAACAGAUGGCUCUACAUCCUGACUAACCUAACACCUUGUGUUCUUAAAUGUGACGACGAAAUAUCCCAUUACCAAAUACAAGGAUCCGGAAUAAUUAAUUUAAAAGAAAAUUGCAAACUCCACACAGGUUACAGUACUUUAACAGCACAUAGAUCCAAGAAAGAAAAUACAACUUCCCCAAUUGUCAUCCCUCAACUAGAUAUCCAGGACUGCAUCGAAGAAAAUAAGAACGUUGAAAUCCCUUAUUUAUUUCCUAUUUCCAUUAAUGAAGUUCCUAUAGACUCUUUGAACAAUAUCAGGAAUCAAUUAAAUAAUCAAGAUGAAGAAAUUCAAAAGUUGAAAAGAAAACCGUUUAUCGAAAGAAAACCGUUUAUCGAAAGAAAACAAAAUGGAUUUUCCUGGUUCACCAUCAUAACCGGAAGUCUUGUACUUUUAAUAAUUUUAUACGUACUCUUAAAGAAGUACAUGAAACUUCAUCGUCAACAUCAUCAUGGUAAAAAACACUGUAUUCAAAUUUUCAACAAUUGCCUCGGUUCGUCGCGACAACGAACUACACGAGUCCAUGCCAUCCCAAUAAGAACAAUAAGAACUCCAACUCCAGCUCCAUCAUGCAUCUCCGAAGACGAGGACGACUCUUUGAACACCACCCAAAGAUCGGACGCCAACGUCCAAUCUUUAUUCUAA